UGCCAUAUGAGCAACCUAUGCAGUUCUAAGUUCAUAUUGAUUGUUCAUUUUAAGUUAAUAUAAUUUUGAAUUAGAACUACAAUUAUUUGCUGUACAAAUAAGAGAAUGUUGUUCUUUUCUAUGUCCCGAUUGAGAAGCAUCAGGCGGAACUAAUGUUCUUUGGUUGCAGUAGCGUCAGGUUCAUUUUAAUUGACGGACGUUAUGAUUGAAGCAGACGUGAAUGAUCGGAGUAUAAGACGUUAAAGAUGCGUAUGAAGACUGAAGUUUCCUUUCUUUAAUUCCGUUUGGUUAAUGCGGCCAAUGAGUUCUUACGACAUAAUUUCACGCCAUGAAAGGUGAAAUUAAACGCCUGUACCAAAGAACGCCUUGUGUCGGUGAUUGACUGAACGGGAGCUACAGUAAGAACUCAACCUGCGUGACAUGAGGUGAAGAGAUGACCGUCUACGCCAGCCGUUGAUGGAGCUGCAAGCAAGUUUCACGGAGUUUCAUCGUACUCUAGCGCCGAGCCGAUAAGACUGUGCAUACGCCAGUAACCCGAGUGAGCAGCAAGAAGAGUCCAGGAGCAUUUACGGUCAAGCCAGCAAGUAAAACAUUUAAAACAAGUUAAAUGUUAAGAAGUGGAUUUACCUCAUUAACUGCUUUAAGGGUACUCUAUAAGUGCUAAAAGGGUGAAGUGUUCUGGUGUUGUAAAUGUUUAUAAGUUCAUGUCAUUGUUGAUUAUACCACAUGCAGUUAUUGUUUAUAAUUUGAAGUUUAAACACAUUUAAGGAAUUAAGGCAGCAUAGUCUCUACUGGUAUAAUGGUCAAGUAUAUAAGAAGCCGGUUUAGUUCAUUGUAAAAUGACAGUUUGUUUGUACUGUAGAUAGGUGUUUUUGACAUGCACUCUGAAACAUUGCUGGUUAAACCUGAAUGUAAACUCAAGGUUGAUUGUGAUUAGUCUUACUAUUCCAAUUCAACACGAAGCUAACUAUUGACCUUUAAGCUAAAUUAGUUAAUCAAACUAGUUUUAGUAGAAGUAGUUAAGUUCAACUCAAAUAGUGCUGAACAUGGCUGAUGACAGUGAAGCUAUAGAGUUACAGCAACAAUCAAAAAAUCUUGAUGAUGCACCUACAGACACAAACCUAUCACAGGAGAAUGAGGUUGGUGUUGAGGCCCAAGCUGCUGCAGAAGGUCUAAGAAGAAGUCAGAGAACCCGCACACUCACUGAAAAGGGUCAAGAACUCCAAGAAAGCAAAUCUAAAAAACUGAAAAAUCGCUUCUCAGUCACCUAUGGCAGAUGGAAAUCUCUGGCUAAGGAGGCGAAGAAAGCACUUGAAGGAUGUCUCUCUGAUGAGAUAUUACAAGAUCACAUCAAUAUGAUCCGCUGUGCUUCAGCAGAUGUAAGACAAGCAUACGAAGACUUGCGUCAACAUGUUGUCCCUGAUGGCGAGAUCCGUCGCAGAGUAGACACAUGUAAUGCUGUCUCAAGAAAGAUUUUAGAAUGGCAUAAAUAUGAAGACAAGGAUGAAGACAAGUUAACAAGUGAACAAGCAUACUGGAUGGAGACUGGCUCUGUGUUCCUAUCUGCAGCAUCUCAGGGAUCCAGUUCAAUCUCUCAAGGUGGAAAAUCUACAAACAGCUCAAGCAUAAAAUCAAACCGUUCAAGCCUGUCUUCUGCUAAGAAGCAAGAAGCUGCAGCAGAGUUGGCUGCAACUCAAGCCACCUUAGAAGUCUUACAAGAAAUGGAACGUGAGAAACAGGAGCUUGAGUCACUGGAAGCCGAGAAUAGACAGAAACUUGCACUACAAGAAGCUGAAAAUGCUGCAAGACAAAAUGCUUUAGAAGAGAAGCGCCGGCAAAUAGAGCGCUUAGAGACAGUUAAGAAAAUGAAUGCUGCAAAGGCAAGACUACAAGUUUAUGAACAAGAAGUCAGCUCAGACAUAGAGAUUUCUGAGUUGCUCCAUGACUGUAAGCCUCGACAAAAGAAACCUGCACUUAAUUCAAGAAGUCUGUCUGUACAGAAUGUGGCACAGUCCCAUCACGCCACACACAUACAACCUGCUGUGAUAUCAAAAACUGAUGCAAGGGAGCAGCAUGUUAACACUCAUCAGGAGGAUAACACUACAGUAUUUGCUAAAGCAAUAGCAGAAUCAAUCAAUGCAAGCCGUCUUCCUAUACCAGAACCUUAUGUCUUCAGUGGAGACCCUCUAAGGUAUAAAGAUUGGAAAAUGUCCUUUCAAACACUGAUAGGAAGUAAGAACAUUCCAGUAAAUGAGAAGGUCUAUUACCUCCGUAAGUAUGUUGGUGGACCUGCAAAGAAAGCCAUUGAGGGUUAUUUUCUGAUAGGUACAGAUGCAGCUUACCAUUCAGCAUGGGACGUCCUAGAAGAAAGGUAUGGAAGCUCCUUCGUGAUUGCCAAAGCCUUUAGAGAUAAACUCACCUCAUGGCCAAAGAUAGGACCCAAGGAUAGCGUUGAACUAAGAGAGUUCUCAGACUUCCUUCGAGGCUGUGAGGCAGCAAUGUCACAAAUUAGAAGUCUCGAAGUCUUAAACGAUUGUGGUGAAAACCAAAGAAUGCUCACCAAGCUUCCUGAUUGGUUGACAAGCAGGUGGAACCGAAAGGUAAUUGAGAUUGAAGAAGAAACUAAGUCAUUCCCUAGCUUCAGUCAGUUUGUCGAGUUUGUCACAAGAGAAGCCAAGAUAGCCUGUAAUCCAGUGACCUCUCUUCAUGCUCUGAAGUCUGGUGACAGUGAAAGGGCGAAGACACCAAAGACUCGAAGUGUUGGUGUAAAGGUACUGGCAAGCAGCUCUGCAGAAACCCCAGAGGUUAAAGCUUGUGUGUUCUGUGAGAAGUCAAACCAUGGCAUUCAUACAUGUCGAAGGUUCAUGGACAAAUCGAUUAGAGAAAGAGUCAAAUUUGUGCAAAUGAAAAAAUUAUGCUUUGGGUGUCUGAAAUCAGGACAUCAUUCAAAGAACUGUGAAAAGAGGAGUGUCUGUGACACAUGCAAGAAGAAGCACCCAACGUGUUUGCAUGAAGAUAGAGCAAAAGAGGAUGGAAAGAAGGAACACUGGGAUGGUGAGCAAAAGGAAGGUGGAAAACAUGUUAAGUUAAAAGAAAGGACAGAGGUUAAGCAAACUGAUGAGAUGCCAAGUGAAGCAACCUCUCAUAGAGUCGUGCAAGACAUAGACAGCACACACACCUCCUCAGUUAUGCCAGUAUGGUUGUCUACAACAAGCAACCCAGAAAAUGAAGUCCUCUUAUAUGCACUUCUUGACAAUCAAAGUGACACUACUUUCAUUUUACAAGAAAAGGCAGACAAUCUUGAUACACAGAAGUUUCCUGUGCAGUUAAAACUUUCAACAUUGUCAUCCAGAGAUACCAUCAUUCCAAGUCAGAAGCUAACUGGGCUGCAGGUCAGAGGCUUCUACUCAUCAAAGAAAAUCGCUCUCCCAGCAACCUAUACGAGAGAGUUUAUUCCUGCCAAUUUAAGUCAUAUUCCCACACCCAAGACAGCAAGGGCAUGGCCUCACCUAGAGCACCUUGCAGACGAAAUUGCUCCUUUAAUUGACUGUGAUGUUGGUCUGCUCAUAGGUUAUAAUUGUUCUCAAGCCCUGCUACCUAGAGAGGUGGUGUCAGGGAAAGAUGAGGAGCCGUUUGCCCAAAGAACAGACCUUGGAUGGGGAAUCAUCGGUUGUGUCAAUCCUUGUGUUGACUAUGGCGAUGUGUUUGGAAGCAGCCACAAAAUUGUUGUGAAACAAGUCACACCUUGUCACCCGUCGUCUACUAAGCUGAACAAUGAAGUUCGAUACAUCUACCGAACACAAGUCAAGGAAUUAGUAACUCCUCCAGAUGUGCUAAAAGCGCUCGAGUCAGACUUCAAUGAAAGGGGCACAGAAGAGGCUCAUUUCUCACAAGAGGAUCUACGCUUCAUAUCAAUUAUGGAGGAGGGAAUCACAAUUAAAGCAGAUGGUCACUGUGAAAUGCCCCUGCCAUUUAAAAAAGACAAACCGAGUCUUUCAGACAACAGGAAGUGUGCAGAGCAUCGUCUCAAGUGUUUGAAGAGGAGGUUUGAGAAGGACAAGCAAUAUCAUAAGGAUUACGUAUCCUUUAUGAAUGAAACAAUAGCUCGAGGAGAUGCUGAGAAGGUUUCAAAGGAAGACAUUGACAAGAGCCCUGCCUGGUACAUCCCUCACCAUGGGGUGUAUCACCCACAAAAGCCGGGAAAAAUACGAGUCGUGUUUGACUGCUCAGCUAAGUUUGAAGGUGUAUCAUUAAAUGAUCACCUGCUUAGCGGGCCAGAAUUGACAAACAAUCUAGUUGGUGUUCUCUGUCGAUUUCGUAAGGGUCCUGUUGCAGUAAUGUGCGACAUUGAACGCAUGUUUCAUCAGUUUCAUGUCAGAGCAGAAGAUCAAGACUAUUUGAGGUUUCUCUGGUGGGAUGAUGGAGACUUCCAGUCUCAACCAUCAAUUUAUCGUAUGAGAGUGCACUUGUUUGGGGCCGCCUCAUCGCCUGGUUGUGCAAACUAUGGCCUUAGACAUAUUGCAGCUCAAGGACGAGGUCGCUUCAGUGAAGCAACCAUCCGUUUCAUUGAGAGAAACUUUUAUGUAGAUGAUGGUCUGAUAAGCGUGUCCACAGAUGAAGAAGCGAUACAGCUGAUCAGUGAAGCAAGGCAGCUUUGUAGCACAGGCAAGCUACAUAUCCACAAGUUUAUUUCCAAUCGUAAAGAGGUACUUGCAUCACUUCCCAGAGAGGAAUGUGUGGAAACAGUAAGGCAUCAGGACUUAGCCUUGAAUGAGUCACAGAUUGAGAGAGCCCUAGGUGUUAAAUGGUGUGUCUCUUCAGAUCAGUUUCUCUUCAGAGUAACUGUGAAUGAACAUCCACUUUCUAGAAGAGGAAUUUUGUCAACAGUAGCCUCAAUCUAUGACCCGCUUGGCUUUGUAGCACCUUUCAUUCUAGUCGGGAAGCAAAUACUCCAGCAGAUGUGUCGAGACAAAACCGGAUGGGAUGAACCACUAUCUGAUGAUCUUCGGUCACAAUGGGAAUCUUGGCUCCUGGAUCUGCGAGACCUAGCAGAUGUCAAAAUUCAGCGAUGUUACCUGCCAACAAGUCUUGGAAAGGUCCAAAGAUAUGAACUCCAUCACUUCUCGGAUGCUAGCGUCACGGGCUAUGGAGAAUGCACUUACCUAAGAGCAGUCAGUGCAACGAGACAAAUUCAUUGCUCUUUAGUCAUGGGCAAGGCUAGAGUAGCCCCCACAAAGGUGACUACAGUACCCAGACUUGAGCUGACUGCAGCUGUUGUUGCCGUUCGUACAAGUGACCUGCUUAGAAAAGAGCUUGAACUAGAAGAAGUUACAGAAGUCUUCUGGACAGACUCAAAGGUUGUCCUCGGUUAUGUUAAUAAUGAGGCCAGAAGAUUUCACGUGUUUGUGGCAAAUCGCAUUCAGCGAAUCAAGGAAAGUACCGACCCAAGUCAAUGGAGAUACGUGGCCUCUGAAGAAAACCCCGCAGACCACGCAUCAAGGGGUCUCCGGAGUAAGGAUCUUAUUGCUUCUAACUGGUUUACAGGUCCAACCUUUCUCUGGCAAGACGAGCUUCCCAGCAGAGAUAUUAAGGUGGGAGAGAUUGCAGUUGAAGACCCAGAAAUGCGUAAAGCUUUUGUAUGCAAGGUUUUGACAACAGAAGAUUCACUGCUUGAUCGAUUCCUAAAGUUCUCCAGCUGGACAAGGCUAGUUAAAGCUAUUGCAAGACUUUUGCGGAGAAUCAAAGAACUUAAAGGUUUGGCAUCCAAAACCAAUGAAGCCACAAGUCUCGAAGAGAGAAAGGAUGCAGAACUUGCCAUAAUAGCCAUUGUGCAGAAGGCAACCUUCUCAGAGGAAAUCCAGAGUCUUAAAUGCAAGAAGGAAAUCACAGCUAAACGUAACAGGCUGCACAGAUUGUGUCCGUUCUUGGAUGAAAGAGGCAUCCUUAGGGUGGGAGGUCGGCUAGAGCAUGCUGCUUUGCAUCCUCACAUCAAACAUCCAGCAAUCUUGCCAAGAACCAGUCACAUAUCUACACUAUUGAUAAAGCACUAUCAUCAGCAAGUGCAACACCAAGGGCGUGGCAUAACAAUCAAUGAGCUACGAUCGAAUGGCAUUUGGAUUCUUGGAUGUAGUCAUGCUGUGUCAUCAUGCAUCUACAAGUGUGUUAAAUGUAGAAAGUUCAGACGGUGUACAGAAGACCAAAAAAUGUCAGACUUACCUCGUGAACGCAUGGAGACAACUCCUCCCUUUACUUAUUGUGGGGUGGACUGUUUUGGUCCUUUCUAUAUUAAAGAGGGAAGGAGAGAGCUGAAGCGCUACGGUCUGCUAUUCACUUGUCUGUGCUCUCGUGCUGUGCACAUUGAACUGCUUGAUGACAUGACAGCUGAUGCCUUUAUUAAUGCACUUCGUGCUUUCAUUGCCUUACGAGGAAACGUUAGACAACUUAGAUCUGACCAAGGCACCAACUUCAUCGGUGCGAGACGAGAAUUCCUGGAAGCUGUAAAAGAAAUGGAUCAGGAAUGCCUAAAGCAACUUGGCUGUGAGUUUGUAAUGAACCCUCCAUCUGCAAGCCAUAUGGGUGGAGCCUGGGAAAGACAAAUCAGGACAAUACGAAGUGUAUUGACAUCCAUUCUGGAUCAGUCGUCCCGAAGGCUUGACAGUUCAUCUAUGCGAACUUACCUGUAUGAAGUCAUGGCAAUCAUAAACAGCAGGCCUUUAACAGCACACUUACUCAAUGAUCCAACUGGACCACAACCUCUUACGCCCAAUCACAUUUUGAUGAUGAAGUCUUCAGUAGUUUUGCCACCACCUGGAGAGUUUGUGAAGGAAGACCUUUAUCUUCGUAAAAGAUGGCGUAGUGUGCAACAGCUGGCCAAUGAGUUCUGGUCUAGAUGGAAAAAGGAGUACCUGUUAAACCUUCAGCAGAGACAAAAAUGGCACAAGACACAAAGGAAUGCGAGGACUGGUGAUGUGGUAAUUGUGCAAGACGACUUUGCACCACGGAAUGCAUGGAAACUGGCCAAGGUUACAGAAGUGUAUCCUAGUAAAGAUGGAUGUGUGAGAAAACUACAAUUGCUGAUUAGUGAUUCAGCUCUUGAUGACCAAGGAAAGCGACUCACUAAGCCAACCUACCUGGUCAGGCCAAUUCACAAGACAGUUACCCUGCUUGAAGCUGAGUAAGGAAGCCUUAAUGUCUCACCUAACUUCACAAAUUAUUCUUAUUUGAGUUUAUCCUAAGUUCAUUAAAGAAAUCACUAGUGAUUUGGUGGGAGUGUAGCUGCCAUAUGAGCAACCUAUGCAGUUCUAAGUUCAUAUUGAUUGUUCAUUUUAAGUUAAUAUAAUUUUGAAUUAGAACUACAAUUAUUUGCUGUACAAAUAAGAGAAUGUUGUUCUUUUCUAUGUCCCGAUUGAGAAGCAUCAGGCGGAACUAAUGUUCUUUGGUUGCAGUAGCGUCAGGUUCAUUUUAAUUGACGGACGUUAUGAUUGAAGCAGACGUGAAUGAUCGGAGUAUAAGACGUUAAAGAUGCGUAUGAAGACUGAAGUUUCCUUUCUUUAAUUCCGUUUGGUUAAUGCGACCAAUGAGGUACGUGUCUGUGUGUAUAUAUUUCAUUUUGUUUCCAUAUUUGUAAGCGUACUCUGUGUAACCUCAGUUUAAUUUAUGUUUGUGUUUGUUUAGUUCUUACGACAUAAUUUCACGCCAUGAAAGGUGAAAUUAAACGCCUGUACCAAAGAA